AUGGAAGUCAGGGAGUUUCAAGAUACAAAAAUAACGGAUGAAGUUGUUCUCGAAGCUUUUUCGAGGAAAGCACGGGAGGAAGAUUCGAUCUGCCCUUUCCUGGGCGCAACAAACGAAAAACGAACCCGUUUUUCUAAUUUCACGUAUGUUUCCGGAGCGAACACCAGCGGCGAGGCGAGUCGCGUCAGCUACAGUAGCGUCAGCCAAAGCAGCGACGGUGGUGUCGGAACCAUACUACCCAGCGGCGGGAUGUGACGUCACACGGGGGCCCGACCUGGGCCUCGGCGAGAACGCGCGAUCCGUUUCCGGGACACGUGAUUGUAGACUCGCUUCUCCAGUCCAUUUUCUCAUCGUUCUGACGCGAGGAUACUCGUCUCACAGAUAGAUCCGAACGAGGCGAAUCGAGAAGAUCGUUCGCCGAUCCCCGCGUGUGCUUCCGAGCAGGACAAACCGAGGAUCUCGUCGUGGAUCUCAAGGAUAUGCGACGUGGUUCCGUUCUUCCUCUUCGUCGUCGAGCUUCACCGAGGCUGACGAAACAGUGGACCACGAAGAAGCGUAACGCGCGACUCGCAACAAUUUCUUGUACAUAGAGAGCAACAGUAGUUUCGCGUUUUGUACCUCUUCCGACGAAGAAUCUAGUGGAAAAAAAAAAAAGAGGAACAAAUCGAAUUGCGGAGAAAGACGGUACCGUGAAUCGAGUCGGACGGCUUGUUACCGUUUUUACGUUCGGACACUAUCUAGCCUUUUAGCGAACCUUCGUACACGGAAUCGUAAACCGAACAGCCGGCGAUGGCGCGAUCGGUAGUCUACACGGCGAGUUUAUCCUGUUUUCCUGGACUCCUCCGAUUUCAAUACGCCCAACCAAUUGUCUGCCGUUUUCGUUUCGAUACGAUUAAACGUUAUUGUUCCUCGGGUAACCGUGAACCGAAUCGCAAGAAAGAAAAUACACUCUCUGUGCCUGUGUGCAUUACGCGUUUAGGAGACUGACGACCCAACGUUUGGAAUUUAACGUAAUGUGGAAUUGGUAUUGGUUUCCAUGGAACGGGCCAUCUCUCGUGUCGGUGCAUUGACAAGUGACUGUAUAAAUAAAAGGUGUGCACAAAGAUAAAAUAACGAGGAACGGAUAAACGUAUUAGCGCGCCAAGCCGGCUGUCGAGCGACAAAAAAAAAAACA